GUGUCAAUUCUGUUGUCAAUUUUUAUAAAAUCAUGUUCAUGAUUACAAGAAAAUAAUUUAUCGUAUUGUUAAAGAGUUUAAUUAUUUACUGCUAGUAAACUUUCGCUUUUCGACUAUUUAAAUAAAGAAUAAUGGCAGAACCAAAUCCUCAAGCCGGAGACACCGGCCCGCCAAAGGGAAUCCCCGCGCUGAAAGCUCACGUAAUAGCCAACAAGAUAGACGUGGCUCUUUGGGGCAUAAGAUUGCUCACAGUGCUUUGCACUUUUGGAUAUGUUUUACCCAUUUUUAACAAUGCCUCAGCGGCUUUCUACAAGGCGCUAUUGGCCAACGCGGCCACAUCCGCUCUGCGUCUGCACCAACGCAUCCCUGCGCGCGAGAUCCGUGUGUCCCGCGAGUUUGUAUCCCGAUUUUUCCUGGAAGACAGCGCGCACUACCUCUUCUACUCGCUCGUAUUCAUGAACGUCACCCCGCAGAUAUUGAUAUUGAUACCAAUAUUCCUGUUCGCACUACUGCACGCGGCCUCGUACUCUCUCACCAUUCUUGACACUCUAGGUCAGAACUCUAUGUGGGUGGCGCGCUUGCUGAUCUCCCUAGUGGAGUUCCAGUCGCGAAAUAUCCUGCGGGUCGCCGCGCUAACCGAGAUCGUGUUGUUCCCCUGCGUCGCCGUCAUGGCCAUCACCGGCCACUGCGGCUUCAUGACACCCUUCGUGUACUAUUAUUUCGUGAUGUGGCGCUACGCGUCGCGCCGCAACCCCUACACGCGCAACACUUUCCGUGAACUUCGCGUGCUUGCGGAACACACCGCCGCUCGGCCCAACGUGCCCGCGCCGCUCCGUUCGGCGCUUCUGUCGGGCGUCAACCUCGUGUGCUCGAUGGCGCCACCCGUCGAGCAGGUGCAGCAGUGAGUAUGCCGACGUAACUUCGAAACUGACAUUCAUGGGCGGUCCGACUGUUGGCCACCUACAUCGCCCGAGUCCAUUUUGCAUAAUUAUAAGGGUCUUUAAUUUUUAAGACUGCAAUAGUAUUUAAGUUAACGCAUCCCACAUUUAAAUAGCUGCAGCCCGCUUUACCAUAGACAAGACAACGACAAUAAAGUGGCGACUACAAAUUUGUUAACAUGUGUUAUGUUUAUUAUUAUAAAGGUGGAUGUUACAAUAUAAAGUGCCUUAACAUUUUUUUACUGGUGCCUCGAAGAUACCUAAGAAGGGAAAUCAAUUUGGUGUUAUCUUAGGUGCAUGCGUGCUGUAUUUAAGAGGCACGCUUCCGUACAUCUUAAUAUACUUCUAUAAAUAUGCACGUUUGAGGUUACGGUUUUUUGUAAUAUAGGCUUUUAUACGUGAGGACUAGAAAUACCUUUGAAAUAACAUCGUAUUUUUGAGACCAUACGUAUUCCUAUGACACUGGAAACUUUAUCUACGCGCAUGUUAGAAUUUGUGACAUAAAUUUUGACAUCACUUAUCACUUUGGUCACAAAUUGUCAUUAAAAGUGUUACGACUUGAAUGUUAUAGAGAAUUAGGGCUGCGUCGCAAGCAAUUGAGCCCGUUAUGUUUCGGUCUCAAAUAUAAUAACAAGUUUUUGAGCAUGAACCAGGCAGUUUGAAAGGGGGUACCGAACUAUAAAAAAUUACGCGGUGACAACCAUAACAUAAGCUGUUUUCAGAUUUAAGGUCAAUUGGGUUAAGCGAUCACUACGAUAACAAAAAUGGAGUACCUCUCAGGUAAAAUAAAUUAUAAAUUUCACCCACACGUUUAACGCUGUUUAACGUUUAACAACAAACACCCGUAUGUUUUAUCAAUCUGUAAAUGUUUUGUCAAAGUCAUAACUAUUAUUUGGGAUUGACUUUUUUCAGAAAUUACUUAAAUAUGAAAUACGAAAUUUGAAAGUCAAUAAACGAAUAUACGUUAUUUUGAAUCAUCAUGAUUUCCCAUUAUUGAUACUUUUAUAUAUAGGUGGUGCACUAGAAACCCCUUUCCAAAUGGCCUUGGUGGUGAUUUUUAUCUGCGUUGAUUUUCAUGCCCUGCCAAUUUCACCUACCGCUAGCUUUACAAAACUGAAAUGUACAUGUUUGUAUAAUUUACCUAUGUGAAAUAAAUAACAUCAUCCAUGCUCUAAAAAAGAGAUAAUAGUAUUGUAAAUGGGACAAUGUUAAAGUUGUAUUAUGUUAGGUUUAUUUAAUUUUAUUUAAGUACGAGAGGUGAACAAUUUUGGUCCAAUUUAAGUUAGCGAUUAGGUAAUCUUAGCGUUAUUAUUAUAAAUAUAUUUGAAAGUUAUAUCGAGCAAUAUGUACAUUAAUUAUUAUUUGUACAAAUAUAUUUUGUUAAUGAAAUAAAUGGUCAAGGUUUUUCUACAUGUCCAUGACGUUGGAAACGUAAUUACUCAAUACAUGUAUGUGGUGUGGUUAUGACGUCAAGUUUGUCAUAUAUAAAUACAAGAAAUGUCAAGUUUGACAUCACAAAUUGGGCGUUACGAUUUGAAUGUCAUAGCGAUUAAAGGAAAGGUCGCAUUUUCUUGAAAUAUUUUAUUUUAUUCCAUUUAUUAAUUCAGACUUGUUGGAUAAUAUAAGGACUUCUUGUGAUUGGUGUUUUGCCGAUGACCUUUUUGUAAUAAGUAUUAUUGCACGUGGUUUGGGAUGAAUGUAACUUGGAUUUUUUAAAUAAAUGUGGUAAGGAUUUAA